AGUGUUGAGAAGUCUCAAGGACUCAUCGGUACGUCUUGCAGACAAGCUGUCUUGCACAUCACCAGCAACAACCAAGGAGGAAAUACACCUUACCUCACGCUGCAUACUCGCUGAUUCUUGUGGCAAAAAUAUAUAUAUAAGAAGGUGCGAAAGUUCGUAUAAACUCACCCGGAGUUCUUUAAGCGGAAGUGGGUGCUUUCCAAAAGCCCUUACACAUUACCUCUUUGUUUUUCUUUUAAUAUUUCUGACCUUUUAUUAUUAUUGUACUUACAGACGAGUUAUCUUUUGCUUUCUAUCCAUAAGCGGUUGUUCACCAACAGCAACAAAAGGAGAACGAGAAGUCUCCAAAGGCGCUUGGUGGCAUAUCGAGCUUAGGUAGAGCGCGAACUCCCCUCCCCACAGAAGAGAGAAAAAAAGGAAAAUGCCUCCAACAACGUCCACCGCGUCGUUGUCGGUACCACAGAUGCUCAUUGAGCGACUUCUGGCUGUCCGCAACAUACCCAUUCAGCGACAGGUGCUCAUCCGUGAGGAGGAUAUCAAGGUGGUCUUGGGGCUUGUGCGGGAGAUUUUUAUGGCGCAGCCGAUGCUGCUAGAGAUUCGCCCACCGGUGCGCGUGUGUGGUGACACACACGGCCAGUACUACGAUCUCCUCCGCAUUUAUGAGAAGUGUGGCUUCCCUCCGUACUCGAACUACCUGUUCCUUGGCGACUACGUGGACCGCGGCCACCAUAGUGUAGAAACGAUCAUGCUGCAGUUCUGCUACAAGAUCAUCUACCCCGAGAACUUCUUUCUCCUGCGCGGCAACCACGAGUGCGCCAGUAUUAAUCGCAUCUACGGCUUCUUCGAUGAUGUGAAGCGCCGGUACAACAUCAAGCUCUUUAAAGCCUUUACGGAUGUAUUCAACACGAUGCCUGUGUGCUGCGUGAUUAGCGAAAAGAUAAUCUGUAUGCACGGCGGUCUUAGUCCGGACCUCACGAGUCUUAGCUCGGUUAAUGAGAUUAUGCGUCCAUGUGAUGUCCCCGAUCGCGGUAUCCUGUGCGACAUCUUGUGGGCUGACCCAGAAAGCGAAGUUCGAGGUUUCUUAGAGAGCGACCGCGGCGUGAGCUACCUGUUCGGCGAGGACAUCGUGAACGACUUCCUGGACAUGGUAGACAUGGAUUUGAUUGUGCGGGCGCAUCAGGUAGUUCAACGCGGAUAUGAGUUUUUCGCGAGCCGCCAGCUGGUGACGGUGUUCUCUGCACCGAACUACUGCGGCGAGUUCGACAACGACGCUGCCGUGAUGACGAUCGACGACAAGCUGCAGUGCUCCUUCCUGAUUAUUCCCGCCAUGAAGUAG